AUGCCAAUUUUCAUAGGAGGUUCAACGGGCAUUCCGCCCGCCUCAAUCCUGAACUACACAUCCUGGGGUGUGGUCGGGAUCUUCUUCAACGUAUAUGUUUACAAGAGGUUCAAGGAAAAUGAAUACACUUUAGAUGAUUGCCCGAUCGAAGAGGUGCGCCUGACUGUUUCGACCGCGGAUGACCCUUCACUGCCCUCUUUGACAUUCAGGACAUGGGUUCUUGGAGUGGCCUCUUGUGUUAUCCUCUCCUUCGUGAACAAAUUCUUUGGCUACCGCUCGAACCAGCUCUCUGUCUCGUCAGUUUCAGCACAGAUUGUUGUGCUUCCCAUAGGAAGACUGAUGGCUGCAACGCUCCCUUCAAAGCCAAUCCAGGUCCCGUUCACGAGAUGGUCGUUCUCGCUGAACCCAGGACCUUUCAAUUUGAAAGAACAUGUUCUGAUCACAAUCUUUGCGAACUCGGGGGCAGGUGGAGUCUAUGCGAUGCACAUAAUCACAAUUGUCAAGGCUUUUUAUCGCAAGGGUAUUCAUAUUGUCGCAGCCUUCAUGCUCGCACAGACUACUCAGAUGCUUGGGUAUGGCUGGGCUGGUUUGUUCAGAAAAUACCUAGUAGACUCUCCCUAUAUGUGGUGGCCCGCAAACCUCGUUCAGGUCUCUCUCUUCAGGGCUUUACAUGAAAAUGAAAAGAGACCCAAAGGAGGAUCUACAAGACUCCAAUUCUUCAUUACGGCUUUCAUUGCGAGCUUUGCUUAUUAUGUGAUUCCAGCCUAUUUUAUUCCUUCUAUAUCUGCCAUCUCCUUUGUUUGCUUGAUAUGGACUAAAUCGAUCACCGCCCAGCAAAUCGGCUCCGGCCUCCACGGCCUUGGCUUGGGCUCGUUUGGCCUCGACUGGUCCACCGUCGCUAGCUUCUUGGGAAGCCCUUUGGCCUACCCAGCCUUUGCCAUCGUCAACACCCUGAUUGGGUUCUUCUUGAUGAUAUAUGUUGCUCUCCCCAUUCUGUAUUGGUCCAAUGCAUACGAAGCUAAACGGUUCCCCAUCUUAACCUCCCAUACUUUCGACUCAGCUGGCCAAACCUAUAACAUCACUCGGAUCCUCAAUGCCAAGACUUUUGACAUUGAUAUGGAGGCCUAUAAUGGUUAUAGCAAACUUUACCUCAGCGUCAUGUUUGCAUUCACUUAUGGGUUGAGCUUUGCAACCUUAACAGCUACCAUUUCACAUGUCGCCCUUUUCAAUGGAAAAUCAAUAUGGCAGAUGUGGAAGAAAACUACGCAAACAUUGCAGGGUCACUUAGGGGAUGUGCACACGAGAAUAAUGAAGGAGAACUAUGAAGCGGUACCUCAGUGGUGGUUUCACAUAAUAUUGAUUGUGAUGAUGGGACUUGCUCUGUGGACAUGUGAAGGAUUCGACAAGCAGCUCCAAUUACCGUGGUGGGGAGUUCUGCUUGCGUGCGGGAUGGCAUUUUUCUUCACUUUACCUAUUGGGAUAAUUGCGGCCACAACAAACUCGCCACCAGGGUUAAAUGUGAUCACAGAGUUGGUCAUAGGGUAUAUGUAUCCAGGGAAGCCUCUUGCUAAUGUAGCAUUUAAGACGUAUGGGUACAUCAGUAUGACCCAAGCUCUCUCGUUCCUAUCUGACUUCAAAUUAGGUCAUUACAUGAAGGUCCCUCCUAAAUCAAUGUUUUUGGUUCAGUUGGUGGGGACUCUUCUUGCAUCAAGUGUCUACUUUUUUACGGGAUGGUGGCUUCUCACCACCGUAGAAAACAUUUGUGACCCAUCUCUCCUACCAGAGGGAAGCCCUUGGACGUGCCCCGGAGACGAUGUCUUCUACAAUGCUUCGAUCAUUUGGGGAGUCAUCGGACCACUACGGAUGUUCACGAAGCUUGGGGUCUACCCCGAGAUGAACUGGUUCUUCCUCAUUGGAUUCCUCGCUCCAGUGCCCGUUUGGUACCUGUCGCGAAAAUUCCCCAACCAAAAGUGGAUUCCGUACGUGAACAUGCCGGUACUCUUAGGAGCUACACAGAUGAUGCCACCAGCAAAACCUGUGCACUAUUUGUCUUGGGGGGCAGUCGGAAUCUUCUUCAACUUCUAUAUUUACAAAAGGUACAGGGGGUGGUGGGCUCGCUAUAACUAUGUUCUGUCAGCUGCUCUGGAUGCCGGAGUCGCCUUCCUGGGAGUGCUGCUCUAUUUCGCCCUGCAAUCAAACGACAUUAGUGGCCCUGAAUGGUGGGGACUUAUGAAUGAUGAUCAUUGCGCGUUGGCUUCUUGUCCUACAGCACCUGGAAUUGUGGCUGAGGACUGUCCAGUUAUAAUAUAAAGUUUGGGUGGGAAAUGCUAUGUAAAGGUCUAAAACUGUCAUGUUUCCUCAGAUGAUAAUGUCGAUA